CUGCUGCCCUGGCACUGCUGAUUGUUGUUCCCUGGCUUUGGCUCUGUGUAUCGAAAACCCAACGGAAGGAAAGGAGCACGAGGGAGAGAGAGAACGGACGGGCGAUCGCUAGAGUUCUGCGAGAUUUGGCCAUUUGUCAAACGCAAUAAAACAAGGCGGGCGAUUGUGCGAGCGCAGCAGAGGCUGCCAGGAAGGAGCGUGUGAGAAAUCAUGCGCAUGGGACCCAGCAUGCCGCUGCUUGGAGCUUUGCUCGGAGCCGGGUUGACCGCGACCUCGGCAUUCGUUUCGACAACUCCCGUAGUGUCCUCAAGCCUGUCCGCUCGCCAGCUGGUAUGCAGCAGCAGCAGCAGCGGCAGAACAACACCAGCCACAGCAAACUCUCGACGGCGAACAGCUACAAGGGCCAUGCUGUUUGGGGGCGGAGGAGUGGGCGGGGAGGGCUUGGCGGAGCUCGGGUCGAUGGUGUCCGGCGCAGUGGGGCAGGCGCACGCGAGCGCGAUGGGUUCCGGCAUGGGUACAUUCCUCCUCCUCGCGGAUGAUCCGCCGGCGCCCCCCAACAUCUAUGGCGAAGUCGCACAGGGAGGGUUUUUCAUCAUCUUCUCCGGCGUCUUCUCGGCGUACAUCAUAGCCACGAUGAUCCGCAACAUGCCGAUCGACCAGCUGGAGAAGCUCACGGCCGAGCUCGGGGGCGGAAACGAGAUAGCUGACUUGGAGGCGCAGAGGAUCGAGACCACGAAGAGGUUUAAGGAGCUCACGAAGGACAUGGCGCAGGCCGCGGACCCUACGAUGGGGGUUAAGCCUGACGGCGCGCUCUCGGAGAGGCUGAGCCAGCAGACGACGAAGGCGCUGCAGACGGACAUCGCAUCCAUAGAGGACGAAUACGGGGACUAGACUAGACUGGACGCCGAGGAUGAUUUGUUGUUUGGAUGGGUGAGUUUCUUUUUUGCGGUUUCCCGAAUCGUUGUUUGUUGGCUGCUUUGAAUCGUUAUGGCUUUUGGGGAUGUUCGGCUUAACUGUCUUGUUUUGGGUUGUCUCUUUCUCUCAGUUCAUGUUCGCCUGUGUUCUUCCUCGUCUCUUCUUGAUAGGAAAGGGGUUUGGUUUCCCUUUGUCCGUGGUUCUAGAGCCCGAAUCCGAACACCGCGCGGAUGUAUUUUCCGAGCGCCAUAUCGGAAGCUUCGUUUAUCUAUCGUGUUGGUAGGGCGCGAGAGUACGAACAAUUUUAGAGACGGAAUUUCUUGCGGCAUGUUGGUCUUGAAUGAACGUUGUACAAGGUUAUUUCUCUUCCCUCUUGUAGUAAUGUCCAGAAGUAUUCGGGUUUCGAGGAGCCUUGGUUGAAGUCGACUGGACCAAAGAUAGAACAGUAGCACGUGAUUCUCUCCUUUCUGCAGCGUUUGGAGAACAAUCUAUUUUGUGAUUUUGUGACGCGUGUUUCUUUUCAAGUAGACACACACGCCCAUGCGAUGCCGAAAGACACUGCAUGGAGAUGUGCCGAUUCCAUGUGAGAGAAACAUGGAGGACGUUCUCUCUGCGGGAUGCUUUUUGAGGCAACGUUUGGUGCACCAAAUUUCGGGAUCUAAAGCACCAGAGAUAUAUGGGCUUUUGAGCGACAAACGUUGUGGGGAUUCUGCACCUUCGAUGAGGUUCAUUCCAGGAGCUUCGACCAAGAUGUGGUGGCCGAGGUCUUGGAAAUGGAGCGAUGUUCUCGGCUAUCCUCUGUGCGUUUCUCAGCCAUAAUCGACUUUGGAGAUUGUGGAGAUUGUGGAGAGAUGAAUUAGACGUUGUUCUGCAAGCCACUGCUUGGCUGCUGUGGCGCCCUUGCUCAUUGCUUGAGUACAUACGCCGACGGCAACAGUGAGAAAGGAUGACACAUGCGCAUGCCAGUCUAAUCUUAUAUCAGCAAGAGUAGGUAGGGAACCUCUCUCCUUCCGCGCGUGUGAAAACUAUUCUUCUCGAAACCCUUUCAAUAGCUUCUCGUUGGAGCAGUGAAGGAGAGGGGGCGGCCGUUGCAUGGUCGGUUGCCCACAAGGAGAGAUGGACCCACAGCGAGCCUAACGAAUAGAUAACAAUAUUUGCAUCCUGCGGUGUUGGCAUAAAACAACCGCUUCUGUACACUUUUCCACGGGAAUGUUUAGUAUAGUAUAGUAUGUUUAGUAGAGUAUGGAGAACCUGUACUAACGGCUGAGUAGAGUAGAGUAUGAGAGAGGUGAAUACUCUACUCACCUGAGUAGAGUACAGAGGUCAGGUACUGCACUCAAAGAGUAUGUUUAGAAGAGUAUGAAAAGCCGUACUAAACCGCAAGAGUACGUUGAGUAGAGUAUGAAGAGCCAUACUAAAAUGUGAGUAUGAGUAGAGUAUGAAACGCCGUACUAUACUCAAAAAAAUGGUUUAGUAGAGUAUUGAAGAGCCGUACUUACAAAAAUUUUAGUAUAGUACGAAGAGCUGUACUAAACGCCACAGUAUUCUUAGUAGAGUACGAAAAGCUGUACUAAACGCCACAGUACGUUUAGUACAGUAUGAAGAGCUGUACUAAACGCCACAGUACGUUGAGUACAGUAUGGAGAGCCAUACUGAACGCCACAUUGAGUACAGCAGUAUGGAGAGCCAUACUAAACGAUGUUUCCUUGUCUGGUCUGCACGCUUUCCUCCCUCGCUUUUCCGUGGCCGCCACGCAGUUGGUGCGAAUCCUUUAAGUGCUUGUUGACGUUGCUCUUAUGCCCCUUCGGGCAAGGGAUCUUCUUGCCGUCUUUGAUGCACCCGCCAACCUGGCACCUGUACCAAGCUUUGUUUUCCGCUGAUGUCCUACUCACAACACCAACGGGCACGUAGUAGUUUCCAAGGCUGAACAGGAAGGAGUCCUCGCGGGCGCCUUCCUGCUGGAAACCGGCCGGCACAACGAAUGACGCGACAGCGUUCUUCGUAGCCUCCGGCACGUCGUACUCCCCUCCGCCAACGUGGAAGACCGGUGCGGGACGCUUGACGUUCACUGACUGCUGUGGCGCUCCUCCACUCGUUGAGCCCGGCACGACGACCACCUCGUUGUCUUGUUGCGCGUCUUGUGUUGAAGAACCCGGUGCGAGGGUACUCGUGUCGGGAGAACCACCCGCAUCGGGAGCAGAUGCGGCCGAACCACCGCUCGGGUCACUCAUGCUCAGCUGCCACUAUCUCCCCUGCUGCGGGCCACUACCUCAAUGCCCGAGUACCUGAGUACGCGAGCGCGCGAGUAUCGGAGCCUGGAGCCCACCACUCCGUGCGGCGAGACUGUCUACUUUUUGCUGAAUAGUGACGUCACCAACACACCCUUUGGUGGAAGGUAGUACUAGUACGUACUCUGACGUUGAGUAGUACGUACUCUGAGUUGAGUAUGGCGAGCUGUACUAUGGCCUGAGUAGAGUAUGGGCAGCCAUACUAAACGCAACAGUAUGUUUAGUAAAGUAUGAGAAGCUAUACUAAAGUGAAAGUAU